UAUAUGACUGGCAUUGUCUGAGAGAUUUGUUGGAUGAGACAGGAGCGAGGAGCGUCAGAGAUCAAUAGCAGUCGGGAUGUCCGUUACCAUGGCAACCCCAUCCGCCCUUCCCAAGAUGGAGUCAUGGACCAGUCACACAAAUUCUGAAGGUUAAUCCUUAUCAAGGCGGAAAGAUGGGGUGGACCAAUGUGGCAUUGGUCACAACUAGCAGCGUAUUGCUCAGCUCGUUGGUAUUUGUGACGGCAGCCUCGAAAAACCCGACCUACUUCAACAUCGGCGGCGUCCUCAGUAACAAUGUCAGCGAAUUUCACUUCCAGGAAACCAUCGCUCAUGUGAACUUCGACAGCCAUUAUGUGCCCAGAGGAACCACAUACUAUGCCACUGCAAUUCAGAUGGAUGCAAAUCCCAUAAGAACGGCGUUGAGUGUCUGCAAAUAUCUGAUUGCUCACAGGGUAUACGCUGUUGUGGUAUCGCAUCCUCUUACUGGAGAUCUGUCACCAGCUGCUGUUUCCUACACGAGUGGAUUCUAUCAUAUCCCUGUCAUAGGAAUAUCCUCAAGAGACUCUGCAUUCUCUGAUAAGAACAUCCAUGUCUCUUUUCUGCGGACUGUGCCACCUUACUCACAUCAGGCGGAUGUGUGGGUGGAUCUGUUGAAGCACUUCGGAUACAAGAAGGUGAUCUUCAUCCAUAGCUCAGACACCGAUGGCAGAGCUUUGCUCGGGCGCUUCCAAACCACUUCUCAGAAUUUGGCUGAUGACAUCGACAUCAAAGUUGCUAUUGACUCAGUCAUUGAAUUCGAGCCUGGAUUGGUCAGUUUCACAGAUCAACUAUCCGAGUAUAAGAGUGCACAUGCAAGAGUGUAUCUGCUGUAUGCAAGUAAAUCAGACGCUGAAGUGAUAUUCAGAGAUGCCAGUCUGUUGAAUAUGACCGACGAAGGCUAUGUGUGGAUUGUGACUGAGCAAGCUCUGGAUGCUGAGAAUGUACCCGUGGGUGUGCUGGGCUUGAAACUGGAACAUGCAACUGACGAAAAAGCUCACAUAAAGGAUAGCAUUUACGUUCUCGCAUCAGCUCUGAGAGACAUGAACCAGACUGAGAACAUCACUGAGGCGCCGAAAGACUGUGACAACUCUGGAUCUGUGUGGGAAACGGGAAAACUGCUAUUCCAGUAUAUCAAAAAACAAAUUCUAUUCAAAGGAGAGACUGGGAAGGUAGCCUUUGAUGACAAUGGGGAUAGAAUAAACGCCGAAUAUGACGUCAUAAACAUUCAAGAAAUUGGACGUGGACUUGUAGUUGGCCAAUAUCUGUACAACAAUGAGCACAAUCGUAUGAAACUACAUUUGGAGAAGGAGAACAUCGUUUGGCCAGGCAGGCCAGAGAAGAUGCCAGCUGGCAUUGAAAUUCCGAAGCAUAUCAAAGUUCUCACCAUUGAAGAAAAACCUUUCGUCUAUGUGAGAGAACUGAAGAAUUACAUUGAUGAAGAGUGUGCACCAGACGAAAUUCCGUGUCCUCAUUUUAACACAACUCCCAAAGAAGAUACAAGAGCAUUCUGUUGCAAAGGUUACUGCAUGGAUUUGCUUAGAGAACUGGCCAAAACAAUAAAUUUCACCUACAAUGUUUCGUUGUCGCCAGAUGGACAGUUCGGUAGCUACAUCAUCAAGAAUAAUACAGCUGGCAAAAAAGAGUGGACUGGUUUGAUUGGUGAGCUUGUAGCAGACAGAGCUGAUAUGAUUGUUGCUCCACUAACAAUCAAUCCAGAAAGAGCUGAAUUCAUUGAGUUCAGUAAACCAUUCAAAUACCAGGGGAUCACAAUUCUUGAGAAAAAACCUUCACGAUCGUCAACCUUGGUAUCGUUCCUGCAGCCCUUCAGCAACACUCUGUGGAUUCUGGUGAUGGUAUCGGUGCAUGUAGUGGCGCUUGUUCUCUACCUACUGGAUAGAUUUUCACCGUUCGGGAGAUUCAAAUUGGCCAACACAGAUGGCACCGAAGAGGAUGCUCUCAAUCUAUCCAGUGCUAUCUGGUUUGCUUGGGGAGUUCUCUUGAACAGCGGUAUUGGAGAAGUUAGGUUGAGGAACACCAUGGAGAAUCUCACGUGCGCUACAGUGAAAGGCUCGGCUGUUGACAUGUACUUUAGAAGACAAGUUGAGCUGUCGAAUAUGUACAGAACAAUGGAAGCUAACAACUAUGACUCAGCCGAACAAGCGAUUGCCGACGUCAAAACUGGAAAACUGAUGGCUUUUAUAUGGGAUAGUUCACGACUGGAUUUCGAAGCAGCUCAGGACUGCGAAUUGGUGACUGCUGGAGAACUGUUUGGUCGGUCUGGAUAUGGCAUUGGAUUGAAAAAAGGAUCUCCUUGGGCAGACAAAGUGACACUAGCGAUUCUUGAUUUUCACGAGAGUGGUUUCAUGGAAGAACUAGAUAACCGCUGGAUACUGCUGGGCAACAUGCUAUCGAAGUGCGAACAGUACGAGAAAACGCCGAACACUCUUGGGCUGAAGAACAUGGCCGGGGUGUUCAUCCUGGUGGCGGCUGGCAUAAUGGGUGGAGUCGGACUCAUUGUCAUAGAGGUGGUCUACAAAAAGCACCAGGUUCGCAAGCAGAAGCGAAUGGAGCUGGCUAGGCAUGCGGCCGAUAAAUGGCGUGGCACAGUUGAGAAACGCAAAACGCUGCGAGCGACGAUUGCAGCGCAGAAGCGUCUGAAGGCGAACGGCCUGAACGACCCUGGGUCGGUGAGUUUGUCGGUGGAGGCUCUGCCACGGAGCGUGAUCGACAUGCCGAGUCCGGUGCGAGCGUGGCCGGGCAGUUGUGACGUCAGACAGCGGUCGCCCAUUCCCAUCCCUGUGCCAGACGGCUCCGACAUGAUUGUCUAGACUAUUGAAUAAACGGGAGGAAUCGAAAAGCUGCUCCAAAAUGAUUAUGCAUUUUGCCACCAAUCAAUAUAUAGCAGGCCUUAUUGGUUCAAUAUCAGUGAUGGUCGGAGCAACGUGUAUAGCAUGGGUGGCGCCCAUACUCCACAUACUCCAGGGACCAGACAGUCCAGUCCCCAUGACAUCCGAUCAGACGUCCUGGAUGGUCAGUUUCAUCGAGAUCGGACCGUUUUUCACGCCCACCAUCAGCGGCAUCCUGUCUGACCGCAUCGGACGAAAGCCCUGCAUCUACUUCUCAGUUUUCCUCUAUUUAGCCUCAUGGGUUUUGAUGUUAUCGGUCUACACAGUGCCCGCGUUGUAUGCGGCAAGAACGUUGCAAGGAAUGGCGCUUGGUAUCACCUUCACAAUAGUGCCUAUGUAUCUCGGGGAAAUCGCCGAAAACCACAUCAGAGGUGCACUAACCACACUUUUCCAAACUCUGUUCCAUGUUGGGUUGUUGUUUGAGUACUGUAUAGGACCGUACUUUUCCUAUGAGACAGUGUUAUACGUUAAUGCCGCAUUAUCGGUGCUAUUUUUUGGGCUCUUCUAUUUCCAAGUAGAAUCUCCGUACUACUAUCUGAUCAAAAACAACGAAUACAAAGCGCUCUUAGCAUUAACAACACUCCGUGGCAACCAACCGGCGGUAAAAAUUGAACAGGAGUUGAGGGAAAUGAAAGCAGUAAUAGAAAAAGAAAUGUCGGGGCCGUCGAAAGUGUCUUUCAGUGACGUCUUCAAAACGAGAGCUGAUCGUAAAGCGCUGUUUUUAGUUGUGGUUAUCACUGUGACGAAAGCCUACUGCGGAUUGUUAGCUAUCCUCUCCUACGCAACUGAAGCAUUCAGAGUGAACGAUGAAGGGUCAGUUCUGGGGCCCAAUGAAUACACGAUUUUAAUAGGACUUCAAAUGGUGAUUGUCGUCGGCAUCUCAGCGAAAUUCGUAGAUUCCCUUGGUAGACGCCCAUUGAUCCUAGCAUCUUCGUUCGGGUGCUUCGUUUGUAAUGUUCUAGUCUGCGUAUACUUCUACAUGAACCAAUACUCAUCCUACGAUCUCACCAAGUAUCAUUGGUUGAUUUUCUCCUGUUUCUCUCUUUUUGCGUUUUUCUUCUCAUUCGGUCUAGGUCCCGUAGCGCUAACUCUCCAAUCAGAACUGUUCCCCACCAACACAAGAGGUAUAGCUAGCAGCUUUUGCGCGUUAAGCUUUACUGUAGCCUCUUUCUUGUGUCUGAAACUUUACCAAGUAUUCACAGACCAUUACGGCCUGUACCUCAACUAUCUGCUCUUCAGUAUUUUUUGUAUGAUCGGUUUCAUUCUCACUUUCAUAUUUCUACCUGAAACAAAGGGUAAAUCAUUUUCAGAGAUUAGAUUACAAUUGUCUGGUGGGGAGCCAACAGACGUUGAAUCAUCAGCAGCAAAAUCGUGAUGUAUUUAAUAUUUUUAGGCUGUGAAUUGAAGUUUUUAAAAUCUUUCUUUGCAAACGAGGAAGAUUCCGUUGAGAUGUUGAGAUCCGUUGUUAUGAUCUUAACUGAAAAUCCCGCCUCAAGUAAGGAACGAAGAUGAUCAAAUGUAUUGGUGCUCAAAACCAGAAAUAGUCUCUCGAUAAUGAAACAAUCAUGUAAUUUUUGCGCAGUUUUUUUGAAAGGUGUGAAAGUAAGUCUGAUAAAUUAUCAACUUUAAGAAGCUUAUCAACCUUGAAAUUUGAAGAGGUAGAAUGAAAGAGGCUGUCAUCUUCCUUGCGAUUUGAUUGACAGUUUAUUAUAUCGUACAAUGAUCUUCAAAUCAAUUCAAAUAUGCUUGUAUUGUUUCAACUACGCACAUUUCAUAAGAGAUUUUUAUGUCGACUUGAUAUCGGGUAUGAAUACCGUAAAUUAUUGUAAAGAUUUCGAAGACUAUCUCCUAAUCCAGUAUAGUACUACGAUAUAUUCUGAUUUUUGUUCCUAUGUGUUGUAGAUCAAAUUAUUUUUGUUUCUACUGACAAAAUGUUGCUUGUUGCUUUAAAUCGUGUGAAACAAUUUUUUUAUGAAACGUUGUGUAUAGUACCUUAGACCAGCCAUUCUUAAGACCAUUAUUAAAAUGAUUAUUUAAUUUUUUUAAUACCAAUAUUUUAAAAAAACAUGUUUCUAUUUUACAAUGUGAUUGUGGAGAGGUAUUUUGUUAUGAAAAACGUGUCAAUCUCGUUUCAAUAUUGAAAUUUACUUGAUCUGGAUAAUUUACUAUUAACAGAAGAAAGUGCGCCAUGUCAGAAAAAUAAUUUUAACCUCUGUACAACUUUUUUUUAAUGAAGCAUUGAAAAUUAUGAGAGAUUUCACUACUGAUUAUCAUUAUUCAAUAAAAAUAAGGCAAAUUAAUAUUUUUUCGUGAACUAGAAUUCAAGUACAAUUUAAUGUUCAAUCCUAACUUAUGCAAAAAAAAUAGCCUACUUCUAAAAGUCAACAACAACUGUAAAAUAAGUAAACGUUUAUUUUUAACA